GAGAGGGACAGAGGCGGGAGACGCGAGCGGAAACCACCCAGGUGCAGCCGGGGACGACACCGAGCAACCACCGCGCUGCGCGUAGGGAGGGGGCCGUGGAUAUAUAUAGAAAGAGGAUCUCGCUGCGGUAGCACCUAGCCACCCAGACGGCGGGAGCCGAGAGCGCGCCGGCAAGGGAGUUCCACUAGCUCGCGCCGCUCGUCCCCGCCCCGAGUGCUCCCGGGGCUGUCCUAGGGCGCGAAGGGACCUUGAGCCCGCCACCGCGCUCACCUGCCGGAGGUGUCUCUGACUAGACCGAACGCACGGGUCGGCGGGGCCAAAGACUGCGCGCCCUUCCUCCCCUGCUCCAGAUGGGAUUGGCUCUCCUGUUUGCAAAGCCAGGCCCGCGGGGAGAUGUGCUGAGCAGUAGCCAGCAGCUGGUGUGUCCCAGACGCCGCUGACCGCUAAGUGCCUAGACCUGGGGUCCACAUGAACAGCUUUCCCUGCAGACCUAGCCCUCCACUCUCCUGCAGCUCCAAGCCGGCUCCCCAACGCAAUCUGCUGAACGCAAACCGCUGAGAGUUUGCUGCGCAGCCCCCCUGGGGCCCGGGGCCGCCGAGUCCCGCUAAGGCAGAGCCACCGGCACACGCAGCGGAAGACAAACACUCAGGCGCACGAAGAGGAGCCCCAGGAGGGCAGCCAGGUGGCAAGGCUUUGCUGGCGAGUGUCACUGCGUCCCGCGUUGCCUCUCCCGCAGCGAACAGCGCGAGGAAGCGCGCUCAGAAGAAAAGUUCUAGACCGCAGGAGGCGGCGUCCCCACCAGUCCCCUCCUCGCGGCGCUCCAGAAAAAAAAAAAAAAAGGAACUUGAUCUACUGGCAGGCUCGAGCUGCUCGCUGAACGUGAGAGGGGAGAGUGCCACGGGCCCCGGGGUGGGGAUCCGCGAGAGGGAGCCUCGAGCCGGGCUGCAGGCGGAGGGCACGAGGCAGAGGCCAGGGACCCCGAUGCCGGCGGCCAACAUGAUGGAGAACCUGCAGCUGCCCGCCCUGCAGGUGCCGGAGUCGCAGGGUGCGCCCGAGGGCAGCGCGGUGUGGUCCAGCUCGUCCACCCCCACGCUCCGCCGCCGGCGCUUUAAGAUGCGCCGGAUGAAGAACGUGCAGGAGCAGAGCCUGGAGGCCGGACUGGUAGCCCCGGACCUACCCGGCGUCCUGGCCCCGGGCAAGGAGUUCUUGCAGCUGCCGUCCAUUGAGAUUACGCCCUCCAGCGACGAGGACACCCCGUGGUCCAAUUGCUCCACACCCAGCGCGUCCCCGCGCCGAAAGCGCUUCCUGCUCCGCAAGUGGCUGCGGGUGAGGGAGCGGAAGGAGUGCAGUGAGAGCAGCAGCCAGCAAAGCAGCCAGCAGAGCAGCCAGCAGAGCAGCCAUGAGGAUGAUUCCAGCAGGUUCCUGAGCCCUCGAGUGCGAGAAGAAAGCACUGCCAGUAACUCCAACCGCAGCACGCCGGCCUGCUCCCCCAUCCUCCGGAAGCGGUCCCGCUCGCCAACGCCACAGAACCAGGACGGAGACGCCAUGGUGGAGAAGGGCUCAGAUCACUCCUCGGACAAGUCCCCCUCCACCCCGGAGCAGGGUGUGCAGCGCAGUUGCUCCUCACAGUCUGGUCGGAGUGGUGGUAAAAAUUCCAAGUCUCACAAGCGCCUCUCAAAAAAAAGCCAGAGUUGGUACAACGUGUUAAGCCCCACGUACAAGCAGAGAAAUGAAGACUUCAGAAAGCUCUUUAAGCAACUUCCAGACACGGAGCGCCUCAUUGUUGAUUACUCAUGUGCACUCCAAAGAGACAUCCUUCUUCAGGGCCGACUCUACCUCUCAGAAAAUUGGAUCUGCUUCUACAGCAACAUCUUCCGCUGGGAAACUCUGCUGACAGUCCGUUUGAAAGACAUCUGCUCCAUGACUAAAGAGAAAACAGCUCGCCUCAUUCCCAAUGCCAUCCAAGUCUGCACUGAUUCAGAAAAGCACUUUUUUACUUCAUUUGGGGCCCGGGAUAGAACAUACAUGAUGAUGUUCCGGCUCUGGCAGAAUGCUCUCCUGGAAAAGCCCCUAUGCCCCAAGGAGCUCUGGCACUUUGUCCACCAGUGCUACGGGAAUGAGCUGGGUCUAACCAGUGAUGAUGAGGACUAUGUGCCUCCAGAUGAUGACUUCAACACGAUGGGCUACUGUGAGGAGAUCCCUGUAGAAGAGAACGAAGUGAAUGACAGCUCAUCCAAGAGCAGCAUAGAGACCAAGCCGGAUGCCAGCCCACAGCUGCCCAAGAAGUCUAUCACCAACAGCACGCUGACCUCUACAGGAAGCAGUGAAGCCCCUGUCUCGUUUGAUGGCUUGCCGCUGGAGGAAGAGGUGAUGGAGGGUGACGGGUCCCUAGAGAAGGAGCUUGCCAUUGACAACAUCAUAGGGGAGAAGAUUGAGAUCAUUGCACCCGUGACCUCCCCUUCGCUGGACUUCAAUGACAAUGAGGACAUCCCUACCGAGCUCAGUGAUUCUUCAGACACCCACGAUGAAGGAGAGGUCCAGGCCUUCUAUGAGGACCUAAGUGGAAGACAAUAUGUGAACGAAGUCUUCAACUUCAGCGUGGACAAACUCUACGACCUGCUGUUCACCAACUCACCCUUCCUUCGGGACUUCAUGGAGCAGCGGCGUUUCUCUGAUAUCAUCUUCCACCCAUGGAAAAAGGAGGAAAAUGGGAACCAGAGCAGAGUGAUUCUCUAUACUAUCACCCUUACUAACCCUCUGGCUCCCAAAACAGCCACUGUCAGGGAGACACAGACCAUGUACAAAGCAAGUCAGGAGAGUGAAUGCUACGUGAUAGACGCUGAAGUCCUCACCCACGAUGUGCCAUACCAUGACUACUUCUACACCAUCAACCGCUACACACUCACCCGAGUGGCCCGGAACAAGAGUAGACUCAGGGUCUCCACAGAGCUCCGCUAUCGAAAACAGCCCUGGGGGUUUGUGAAAACUUUCAUCGAGAAGAACUUCUGGAGUGGACUGGAGGACUACUUCCGCCAUUUAGAGACUGAGCUAACCAAAACAGAGAGCACCUACCUGGCUGAGAUGCACAGACAAUCCCCCAAGGAGAAGGCCAAUAAGUCUUCAGCGGUACGGAGAAGGAAGCGUCCCCAUGCACACCUGCGGGUACCUCACCUGGAAGAGGUGAUGAGCCCGGUCACCACACCCACUGAUGAAGAUGUGGGCCACAGGAUCAAGCACGUGGCAGGUUCCACGCAGACACGGCAUAUCCCCGAGGACACUCCCAAUGGGUUUCACCUACAAAGCGUGUCCAAGCUGCUGCUGGUUAUCAGCUGUGUUCUGGUGCUGUUGGUCAUCCUUAACAUGAUGCUCUUUUACAAGCUGUGGAUGCUGGAAUACACCACACAGACCCUCACUGCCUGGCAGGGUCUCAGGCUGCAGGAAAGGUUACCCCAGUCUCAGACAGAAUGGGCCCAGCUACUAGAAUCCCAACAAAAGUACCAUGAUACCGAGCUCCAGAAGUGGAGGGAAAUCAUCAAAUCCUCAGUGAUGCUCCUUGACCAGAUGAAGGACUCGCUUAUCAACCUUCAGAAUGGUAUCAGGUCCCGAGACUACACAUCUGAAAGCGACGAGAAGAGGAACCGCUAUCAUUGACAAGGCAGGACCAGGGGUGGCUACAAGAGGCCUGUGCAAUACAUGUACAUAGACCUUAUAAAUAUAUAUAAAUAUAUAUAUAUAUAUACAGAAUAUAAAUAUAUAUUAUAUACAGAUUUUAAAAAAGAGAUAAUGCCUAUGUACCAGGGAGAAGGAGCGGGAACUCCCGCCCCCUGUGCCGGCCAGAGCAGCGUUUUCCCUCCACUGUGGAGGAACUGAGGAGGGCAGGGACCACCUCUCAGCACCAACCUCCCCUGAUCCUCCUCCUCCCAUCUUCUGUUCCUCACCCCUUCCCUUGCUGGCCAUUCUUGGCCCUUAGAAGGGAAAUGUGGCUGAGCCAAAGUUUAUGCCUGUGAAGACCCUUGUGUCUUCAAAGACGUUUCAAGAGGGCAUUGCUUAAGGUGCUUCAUUCCCUAACCCCCUUUUGAUUUGUCUCUAGAAGAAAUGAUAACCUGUUCUUCCCACACCCCCACCCAGUGCUUCCCCAGGCCUUCUCUUGGGAACAGGAAGGAUGGAGAGGGCAGGAGCCCCAUCCAAGUCCCCCUGGAGGCCAUUGGUUAGGACCACACUGAAAGCUAGGUGGCGAGGACUGUGACAGAGGCUGUGUUUGUGGGUCUGGGCUGUGGGGCCACAGGCUCCUGAGCCCUGGCAUCUGAAGGGAACUCUCCUCAGCCAGUCCCACACCUUUUUGUGACCUGAGUAGGUUGUGGACCCCACAAGGGCUGGGAAUUUCUAACUCCCCCACUCCUUUUCUCUCUGGUCUUCUCCCAGGCUGGAUCUGGGGGGAGUGUCACUUUUUAGUGCCUAAAGUUCUAUUGUUUCUGUGUGCCCUAAGAGCACAUUGUUUCUUAGCCAGGGUAGAGCCUUUUUGACCUUGUUUAAAAAACAAAAAAACAAAAAACAAAAAACCUCUUUUAGUGGUUAUAAACAAGUCAGGUCUGUGGCUCUAAUUUUUUCCCUUUGAGCUGUGAGUUUGCUGUCCAGGAUAAGACAGGGUAUCCUAGUCCAUCGAGGCUUUGGGAGACAGAGAAUGAUCUAUGGAUUGCGGGACUUGCUCAGAAUCCUCUGUGAGUAGUGAGGAUAGCAGCCAAGCCAUUCAGAGGGCUAAUAUUAUUAACGCUUGGUAAGGAAUCAGCAUUAGCAUUAGAGGAAGUUCUGUGCCACUAUGUGUAGGGAAAAUGUAUGAGCCACUGGAGGGAGGAUUUGGCACAGGUGUAUGCAUUUGGUCAGGAAAAGGCAAAGUAGAACCUGACUCUGCCAAGGUCAUCUCAGUUUUAAGUUUCUCAGGUUUGGGAGUGGGGGUUCUGACAGGUGUGUGUUUCUGGCCCCAGUGAGAUAAAACGCCCCCAAGAAAUAAAAGGAAGAUGCUAUAUUAGGCAUUAGGAACUUGAACCAGCCCAGGGCCUUCUAAAUGUUGGCCCAUCAGGACUCAGGUUUUGUAUCUCAAGGGGUCCUUCUCAAUAGAUUCAUCACCCUCCCUUACAGUAUCUACUGCUCUUCCAUCUGAUGACUCAAGGAAUCCUGCCAGCCCCAGGCAGAGCUCUUUGAGACCCACUGUAGUAAAGAAUUGCUGCCAGGUUGGCAUGAAAGCUUCUUUAAGCUCGCUGCUUCUCCUGGGCUUUUCCAGUUGAUGUGAAGAAGGAACCCUGGAUUACCCACAGUAUCAGUAUAAAGGAAGCAAGAUGGCGCUGAUUACCUACUCCAGAGAGAAAGUUACUUUCUCCUCUUAGAGUUGCCUGAACAUUCCAUUUUGGCAGUAAAAUCAAGGCAUGGAUAUUGCAGUGCCCUGGAAGAAACAGGUCUUAGUAUUUCUUGAAGGGCAGAACCAGAAAAUGGGAUUUAUCCCUGGAUUAUCCUCUGAUGGAGGGAGAAGGCUCCAGUGCUUAACUAACAUUGCUAGCACUCUCCUGGAAAGGCAGGGGUGAGUAAAUGGAUUCAUUUGUUCCCUGGAAUGGACGAGGGCUGAAGACCGCUUGGUUGUCAUUUGGUUGUUGUCUAGGAUUUUGAGAGAGGUGCUGGUGAUAGUCAAGGCCCUUGAGCCCCGAGUCAAAGAAGGGAAGCUGGUACAGGGUGUUGGGCAGUUUCCCUUUGGAAUAGCCAGAAGCCAAAAGUAUUCCCAGAAAUUUUUUGAAAGCAAAACUGGAAAUUCUCAGAUUUAUUGCGUAUGUAGUUACUUAAGUUUAAUUGUUAAAGUAGUUAUGGAUCCUUUGGAAUGAUGUCCACGGUGUUCACUGGGGGUGAGGGGACAAGGUAAAGUAACAGAAGCAGCCCUGACCGCAGACAGCUGCUUUUCUUUGGCCUUCAGCAUCCUUUAGGGGAAGAGAGUACCUAGGUUGUCCAAGAAGGCCUUCUGCUUUCUGGUGAACCAAGAUGAUAUGUCUAUGUAAAGACUAGCCUCCAAGAAUCAUGGCUUUCUUGUGAGGUCCUUCUGUCCUUGGCAUUAGCUUACGCUUUUAAACCAGGAAGAAACCAACAAAUCAGUUCAUCCCCAAACAAAAUCUUUCCUCCCUUUAGUUAAUACUCUGUGAAAGAGGAGGGAGCUCACCCUUGCAGCCAAAUUAAGUUCCCUGGACAGUAGCCUGGCAAGCAGUUCGCUGCCUGCAGGAGGCCAUGGAAGCUGGCAGGCAGCGGUUACUUCUCCUAGCUGGCAGGUUUCAUUCACUUAUUGUAGAUGUAAGCAAACUUCGAUCUUUCUGUAAGGAUUUGUGUGGCAAGACAUUUGAGUGCUUUUACUGGACUACGAGUCGAGAGAUCUGGGCUUGAGUCCCUACUGUGUUAUUGAAAAGUCUUGUGGCCUUGGAGAAGUCCCCAUCACUGAGCUUGCUUCAGGAUCUGAGUGUUAAUGGGAGAGGGCUGAGUAAAUGACCUCUAAUGUGGGCUCUAGAUUUGACCUUGAUUUGGAGGUUAGGCCAGAGACUAGCAAGAUGAGGACUUCCCGGUCUUGGAAGAUGUCCUACCAGGGCAGGUUGCUUUGUUCUUGGCUAGGAGGGCUAGGGGCUUCCAGUGGCAGGGAUAGCCUUCUUCAGCGUUAGCACAACAGAAUGUUCCUUCCUUUUUUGGCCUAGUUUUAGUUUGGAAUUAGUUUCCACUUAGAGGCUAAUGACAAGAGUAUCACUUUGGACUGAGCUCAUCUUCCAUCUCCAGGCACUGUGAAUCCUUUCUACUGUCCAUACUCCUCACUGAUGGAGGAGACAAUGGGAAGAAGCCAUUCCCAGUUCUAGAACUUCUGUUUUGCUUGGCCAAAACCCUGUUGCAGUUUCGAUAAAUUAUGAAACUUUUGCUAAAAUCCUUGGCUGGCCUUAGGGCACUGGCAUCAAGGAGUGGGGAGCAUCAGGGAACCUCAAGAGGAGUUUGCCUCAAGUGGCUUCUCUGCUCGUCCACAGCCCCUCACCUAUGCUGGGAAUGGCCUGUUGUUAUCACAGAGAGUACCUGUCGGAUGAGGUGUUGGGGAAAUGACUGGCAAGGGGACUCUUUCUGGACUGUUUGUGCUCCCAGAAGGGUCCUUUUCUGUGCCAUCCCAUCCCACUUCCUUAGCUCUGCAGGGCAGCCAAAGCCAGCCCUUCUCUCUAUGGCCAAGGAGAAAUAGCAAUCUUCUCUCUUCCCCCAGGUGGCAGGGCUGUGUGUGAUGGCCCUUCCUACACACCUGGACUCUGCCUGCCCACUCCAGGACUCUCUCCCUCACCCCAACCCCCAUCCCCAUCUCUAAGCUAUGGGGCAAUCAUUCCCAUUUUUCCUUUGCCAUCCUCGACCCUCAUCCAUCCCACCCCGGUAUCCUCCAGCAGGCUGGUCCCACUCCCUUCUAUCUCCAAGUCUUCUUCCAGAAGAUGCAUUUGGGUCUCAGAGGAGUGUUUUCUGGAAGGCAAUCUUUCAGCAUCCUUGCAUUCCUGGUAUGAAGCAGGGAUUUGCACAUGGUGUAGAGAGAGCCCUCUCCCACCUCUCUGCCCAGCCUCGUUACCUCACUCCUGCUCCAGCCAUUGUGAUGGGCUCAGCCAGCUCCCUGUUCUGAUGUGCCGUACAACAGCUCAGGGGUCUUGUGACUUGGAGAGGUCCUCAGCAGGCCUGGGAGCCCGGAUUGGAGCCUUGGCUGCCGAUGAGAAGUACUUACCUGCCAAGAUUUGCUGAUGCCAGACGAUCUUCCCAGCAUGUGAAUGCUUAAUGGACAUUGUCAUCUCUGCCCUCUGGUCCUCCUUGCUUCUCUCAAUACAAUACGACACCUCAGAAGCAAAAUGGCAGCCCUUGCUCCAAGCGGGACACCAGGCUGUCUUGGGGAGUUGGCCCUGGGCUUCUGUGUUGUGUGCAGACACCGCACAGUAAAACAGUCACUUUUGCCAACAAGAAUGUGUGGCACCCCACAUCUCCCUACCUUGCACUCUAGGGCCAGACCACUCUCUGCAUGGACCACACCAUCUUCCCAAACCCAUGGUGCUUUCUCCCCCCUCCCUCAACCUAGACUCUGAGGUGGGGAGGGAUGGAUCAGAGGCCAUAGUGGCCCCCUGGAUAAUCCUGACAUGGGGUGGAGUCGGGUGAGGCAGAGGGAGCAGCACCCAACAUCUGCACUGGGCCACAAUCGGGAAAGAACACAGGUUGGCUGCAGUUGAGUUGUCUGGCCGUCUGUACUUGGAUCUAUAACUGUACUUCGCCUGGCGCUGUGCGCAAGGUCUGAAAACUUAUUGCUAGUACCUAGAAACCCACAAGGCUACCCAGCCAAAUCUUAAUGUAAAGUAGCUAGAGCCAUGGAAGUCCAGUAUGAAUUAAAGGAAAAAAAAAGUAUUGAGUUACAAUUAAUAAA